AUGUCUUUACAACACCUCGAAUUCGAGAUUAUUCAUGCGACUGGUUGGGACGAUAACUACCCACCAGAGCAAUUGGUACCAAAAGAUAAAAUAAGCGAUGGUAAUAACACCGUCAAGCAUGGAAAGGGAUGGCAGUCACCAAGAUUCUGUACAUAUCCACAAGAAAUAAUACUCCGCAUACGUAACGGUCCAGCCAGAAUACGCAAACUCCAAAUACUCUCCCACCAUUACAAAAUAGCGCAGAAACUAGACAUAUACGUUGGCGCAAUUCAGCGAAGAAAAGAAAUGGUAUCAUCACCACAAAACACAUUCAAAGAGGACAACAAUGCGACCUUGUCAAGAGAAGAGCUGUCUUGGGAUCAAAUGCCCAAGAUCGUGGACAAUGACUCUGAUGGUGAAGGAAUUAGCCAAGGAAGAGAUGACGAAGAGGAGGAGUAUCAUAUCGUGAGAAUGGCUGAUGCUCCUUACAUUCACUUUAGGAGACUCGGAUACUGUGCAUUGGAUAACAACGAACGGGCGAAUUACAAAGCACGAGAGCUGAAAUCGGUUCGAUUGGAUGCUACCGGGGAAUACAUCAGACUCGUUGCAAGACGGUUUUAUUCAAACCGCUUCAAUCAAUACAAUCAGGUUGGAGUUGUUGGUAUUACACUUAUGGGUGAGAGAGUAGACGACUGUCUCGAUGGCGAAAGUAGAAUCAUCCCAAUCGAGAAUGCGGAUGAUGAUCCUUCAUCCCGUGUAGCAUCGCCUGAAUCAUGUGUAGUUCCUAUAAUUCUUUCUAUACCAACAGACGCGCAAGCCUCUGUUCCUCCGUCUCCCACACUCUCGGACUUACCCAAAGAAGAAGGUAUCAACUUUGAAGAUGGUAAUCCAUUCCAUAAUUCAAACUUUUUACAAAAUGCGGAAGAGACGACAAAAUUGUUGGAGGCUUUUACCAGGGCCAAAGAGACAGCCGUGAAAGUUGAAGAUUUCUACUUUGCCAAGAUUUUAAAGACCUCAAUGACGAUUAUGGAAAAGGGCGCAGAAGAAGUCAUGAAACUGGAUGCUUUGAAAAAGCAAGUUGUCAGAGAUGAAGACUAUGAUAGCGCGGCUAGAUACAAGGCAUUCGAUGAAGGAAUUGAAGUCGACGACAAUGGUGAAAUAAUACUCGUCGAUCAAGACCUUGCCGACAUAGUCGGUCUAGCCGAUACACCUCCAUGUGGGCCACUUUCCAAUGGUAAAGCAUCUCCUCGCGAUACGCCAAACACGUCACCCCGGAGUUCGUUGUCAGGCAAACACAACUCACCCGGAAUGACACGAACUGCUUCAUCUCAUUCUAUGACGAGGAAUCCAUCGAACGGUUCGGCAAUUAUGUCAAGGAUGGAUAGAGACGACUAUCCGUAUGGACAUGAAGAAUUUGCAGCAGGUAACAUGCAACGAAGCUUGUCACGGAAACGGUCACCAUCUCCCUUGAAUCUCUCCAAAAGUCGUACCAGUAGCAAUGCAUCAAAUUCCAACCGUCAUGCCAGCAUGAUAAACAAACAUCAUGAUCUCGACUAUACUUUUGGUACGUCUGCAAAUUCAAGCGCUCAAGUUAGUCCAGUGUCAUCUGAAAAGACUCAUUCCUGGACAGCAGUCGAGGAUGAGCGGCCUCUUCCGGCAUUGGAAAAGGUCAAACCUCCCGUUAUGCCCUUGCCGUUUGAAGAUGAACUAGUGGAUAACGAACCGGAAGAGUUGUCUGAUUUGGCCAAGUCGGCUUUCGCUUGGUCGAUCGAUGUCUUUGGGGAUAGAGUUAUUGCUUGCCUGCUUUCGAAAAAGUUCAAGCUUCGCGAGUCUGCACUUUUUGAGGUUACUCGAUUGAUCGAUAUCGAGAAAGGAGUUGGACUUACAAUUGACGAAAAGAUUGACAAGAUGGCUCUUAUAAGAGCUACCUUACAAGUAAUGGAGGAAGGAUUAAGCGAUACUCGUGAAAAAUUAAUUCUUCAGUCAAUCAAACUUUGGGAUGCAAUAACAAAGUUCUGUGUCCUCCACAAGACACCAAACUCGGCUACGUACAAAACAGUAGAACAAACAUAUCCGAAACUCUUUGCAAAAAUCGCAGAUGGUAAUCCUCGACUCAAGCAAGCUGCAUCAGACUUGUUCGUAAUGCUCUGCACAAACUACCGAACUCCCAAUCAAAUGCUUAUGUCACAUGUAUUGAAGCCGGCUCUUACUCAGACACAGCCUCCGAAACAAGCCAAGGCUAAAAUUGAAUUAGUCAUGCGAUUGGUGGACGAAUUUGGCAUUGCUCUAGUUGCAAAAGGAAAGUUUGAUAAGGAUUCCGCUAUUAGUUUGGAAGGCGUUAUGGAAGUAGCGGUUUCUUAUUUGAAUCACAGUAAUGGCGACGUACGAGACGCUGCCACGAAACUCGCUGCUCUCGUAUGCAGAUACACUGAGAAAGAGAAUGUUGAAAAAUACCUCGACGAAGUAAAGCCAUUGUUAUUAGAAACCAUAUGGAAACUAGUCGAAGAACAAGGACCCAAUCGCCGGCGUAGACCGCGACAAGCACAAAGAGCGCCACCAACAAUGUUUGAGUUGGACGAAGCCCUACUCGAAAAGCCGCUUGCCAAACGUGGCACUGUAUCUCGGUUACAGCAGCAACUAAUGGAAGCUCGUGCCAUGGUAAACAAUGUAAACCACUUUGUCCAAGACGAUUAUGAUGCAUACUUGGCAAACAGCACGAAAUUACUCAGACAGGAACAUGCAGACGAAGCAUUGCCAGUCGCUGUGGAAAGCGUACCAGUCGAACCAAAAGUUGAAGUCGAAAAUGUUACACCGGAGAAGAAAUCUUCUAGUGCCAAGACUGUUAAGAACGCCAAGAGUGCGCCCACUGUAAAAAAGACGGUUGGGAAGAAGAAAAUUGAUAGCAGUAGUAGUAAGAGCACUGUCAAGCCAAAAGCUAGCUCCAAGUCUAGAGAAGCAAGCGUGAGUGCUCGUGGUACUGCGUCUAAAACUCCAUCACGUCGUGGGUCUGCAGGAGAAAAGUCAUCGUCCAGGUCUUCAACAAAGACGACAAAUAGCAGAGGCGGCGAUUCUACAUCGAAGGCAUCGGAAGAUGCAGAAGAGGUUAAAGCUGAUGGAUUCUGUAUAUUCUGUGAUGAACAGAACGAUGAUUUUACUGAAGAGAACUUGAUGACGCACUAUUGGAAUGACUGUCCAGUUCUUACAAAGUGUCCACUCUGUAAUAUCAUCCUUGAAAUAUCAACUCUUGACGAUCACAUGCUCACAGACUGUGACAAAUCCAAAUUUGUAAAACAAUGUCCGCGAUGUCGGGAGGUAAUUCCGGCAGACAGUUAUCUUGAGCACAUAGCCAAACAGACCUGUAUGCUCAUUCCGCCUCAAAUCGUUCGUUGCCCACUAUGUAAAACGGUGGUCCGACCAGCUACAGACGCUGGAUGGAAGGCACAUCUGUUGGACGAAGAAGGAUGUCCCAAGAACAUAAGAAAAAGUACACCAACAGAGAAGAAGCUUGAUAAAGUAGACGAGACAUCAAAGGGGAAGAAAGACAAAAGUAAGACUAGCCCAGUUGGAGGGAGCAAGACGAGUAGCAGUAGUGCAAAGGUACCCACUAGGAAAAGUAGCGGGAUUAUCGGAAAGGACAAGGCGAGAAAACCCUCUGCAAAAGGUGGAAAGUUGAAGGGCGGAGUGUAA